AUGAAUGUUUGUGGAGGUAUGGAUAGUAAAAUAGACGAAGUAUGUGAGAUGAUGAGUGAAAGAAGAAUUGAUGUAUUAGGAGUAAGUGAAACAAAAAAGAAAGGCUGCUCUAUUACUACUUAUGACCGAUAUACUGGGUACUGGUCUGGAGUUAAUGACUCUGAAAGAAGCAGCCAAGGAGUGGGAGUUAUUUUGUCAGAGAGAAUGAAUGCAUCUGUUAAAGAAUUUGAAUUUGUAAGUCCUAGACUCCUCUGGAUACGACUGAAAGUUGGUUUGACCCGUAUUUUUCUCCUUUGCGCUUAUGCCCCGGAUAUGUCCAAGCCACCAAAGGUCAGAGAGGAUUUCUGGGAUAGUGUAAGAGAGAUUAUGACUAAAUGUAAGGAGAAUGAAAGAAUUAUUUUGAUAGGUGAUUUUAAUGGCUGGGUGGGAAUCCGUCGCGAUGGAUAUGAAAGGAAUUUAGGAAUGUUUGGAGAUAAAAGAGUGAAUGAAAAUGGUGAAAGUUUAUUAGAAGUAUGCCUGGAGAGAAAUCUGGUGGUGACUAAUACUUUGUUUAGUCACAAACUGAUUCAUAUGUAUACAUGGCAAAGGCAAACUGAGAGAAGUAUGAUUGAUUUUGUAAUUGUGGAUGAACGAUUGAGAGCGAAAGUGAAGGAUACAAGAGUCUAUCGUGGGUUCUCUACUAAAAAGGUAUAA